UUGGUUGGCCGUAAACGUAGGUGGACGCACGGCCGACCGACGACGACGAGGACGGCGGCGACGUCGACGUCGCCGAGGACGAGCGCAGCAGACUAUCAGCGAAACUCGCCGCGCGACGAAGAGAAAUAGUUCGCCUGCCGAGAGCACGGAGUAAUCAGUCGUUCUCGCAACGUUCCCGAAUAAGCGUGCGCGUUGUGUUGUUGUUUGCAACGCUCGCGAAGUCCGUCGCGAAAGCCCAUCCAUAUACGUGAGUCCACCUCGGGGAGAUUCUACGAGUGCAGCUUCGAGUUAUCGUUCGAAGCCGCAGCGAACGGCGCGAUUAAAAUUCGGAGCGUACGAAACGAAUCGGGGUUGUUGGCGUCGACGAGGAGAACCGGUCGAUUAAUUGGUGGUACCGAUGGUCAAAGAUCAACAGUUGAAGUACCGAAUUUUAGGAGAAAUUCGUACUUUCGAGUCGCAAAUAGCGUUCAAGAAAGUGAGUUGAAAGUGUGUCGAGAGUGCUCCAGGAGUGCAACUCGAGAAAGCGUCGACAUACGACUAUCCGCGAGAGCGAGCUGACACGACACGCAAAGGACGAGAGUCAGAUUAUCGAGAAGGGUGGCUCGGUGCGUCGAUCCAGUGUUUUCGUUCACCUGGCUCAUCGUCCCUCCGGGAGGCGGAGGGCGGUAAAGCAUCGAUCGUUCGCCAUUUUGCGCGACGGCCGACAUCUUUUGCGGGUAUCGACGACAUCUUGCCGCGUGACAUCUUCAACGAUACGGAAGCUACAGAGGCUGCAGAUCCACGUUAAGCAGAAGGACCAGAUUGUUCGCAUAAUUAUUCCUCGAAUACGUCUCGUUCGCACUUUCUCCUCGCUUAUCGAUCACCAUCAACGAUCGCCAUAUUGUCUGUAACGCUCUCCCGCCGCCGGGAGGGUGCAUUAAUCACGAAACUUCAUAUAGUUUAAUAAAAGAAGAAAUUUGGCAAGGAAACAGGAGGUAAAUCAGUGUCCAACGUCGCGGGAGGAAGAAAAAGUAGUGUCCUUCAAGUCGAAGGUAGAAAUCAGCAGGCUGGGAGGUCGGUUGAGCGAGGUGGUGGGUCCCGUCGUGGAGGAGGCCAUCGAGCCAGGGGAUGCGACCCCGCUGACGGGACCCUCGAGGGAGACCUCGAUUCCUCGAGCACCCCCACCGCAGCGUGUCACUACACCGAGCCCGCCGAGACCGCCGCCCGCUACGUCCCAGCAUCACCAGAAUCCGGGUCACCCGACCCACAAUCCGGGACCCCAGUCCCAAAAUCCCGGGCAUCACAACCCGGGUCAUUCGCCCCAAAAUCCGGGUACUCCCGACCACAACCCUGGUCACAACCCCAGUCACCAGACUCAUAAUCCGGGAAAUCCCGGCCACAAUCCGGGCAAUCCCGGUCACAACCCGGGAAAUCCCGGUCACAAUCCAGGAAAUCCCGGCCACAACCCGGGCAAUCCCGGACACAACCCGGGCAAUCCGGGCCAUAACCCAGGUAAUCCCGGCCACAACCCGGGUAACCCCGGCCACAACCCGGGUAACCCCGGCCACAAUCCGGGUAACCCAGGUCACAAUCCCGGUAAUCCGGGCCAUCCGAGUCCCGUUCAAGAAGAUCAGAAUCCCGCCGGCCAGCCAACGCAAAAUCCCGGCAAUCCAACGAGUCCAGGACGAGAAGCUCAGAAUCCUCGUCCGAACGUGAGUCGUCAACCAAGUCAGAAUCCAACCAAUCCGCAGAGCGGCAGAGAGCAGGCACAACCGACGAGUCAGCAGCAACCGCAACAACCGCAACAACCGCAACAACCACAACAGCCACAGCCACAGCAGCAACAACCUCAGCCGCAACCGCAACCGCAACAUUUAGAGCGCAGCGCCAGCACCAUGGGGACCGUAUUGUCGUUCAGUCCGCGGGACCGCCGCGGGCCUGUUUACCCGCCAGCGGGACAUCAACAUCCCGCUGACUUCACGUUAAACAACUUUAAUUACGAGCAGCUAAAUAAUGCGAAGAAUCGCGAGAACAAGAGCGGCGUUGCCACGGUGGCGCCGGCGCCACCCACGAAUCAUCCCCCGACCAACAACAACUCGCUACAGAACAAUAACAUUAAUCUGAACAACAACGACAACGCGAGGAUCAUUUCAGAAAAGAACGCCCUGGAGAAGAACCUGAAGAAGCAUUCGCUGUUCAUAAAUGCCUUGUCGUGGAAGCGGUUCAGCACAACUAAUAACAACAAGAAGAAGCUUGAUAACAAGAACAAGAAUAUCGCCUUCAGACAGCCGCUCGAUAACAUACCUAUCGUUGAUAAAAAUAAGAAUAUACAGACGCCGCAGACAAAACCGCCGGCGUCGAACAACAAUCACACCACGCACAAUCCGACGUGUGAGAAAUUGAUGCAGAAACCCCUGCCUCCUGGACCAAGAAAAACUGUCAUCCAGGCCUCCACUUCGGAAUUGCUCAAGUGCCUCGGCGUCUUCCUGCACAAGAAAUGCACCCGUUUAAGGGACUUCCAGGCUGGCGACGCUGUCAUGUGGCUCAGAACUGUCGACAGAAAUCUCCUGCUUCAAGGCUGGCAGGACGUGCCCUUUAUAAACCCUGCCAACGUAGUGUUCGUGUAUAUGCUGGUGAAAGAGCUCGUCGACGGAGACGAGGCGUCCGAGAAGGAGCUUCAAGCGACGGUACUGACGUGUCUUUACCUGAGCUACAGUUACAUGGGUAACGAGAUCAGUUACCCGCUAAAGCCGUUCCUCGUCGAAGACAGCAAGGACAAGUUCUGGGACCGAUGUCUCCUGAUCGUCAACCGACUCAGCUCCGAGAUGCUGCGAAUCAACAGCGAGCCCGGAUUCUUCACAGAGAUCUUCAGCGAGCUGAAGGCCUGCGGUUCCAGCGAACGCGGAAGUCUGUCUGGCAGCGGCCUCGAACGAAGCCUCGUCGUCUCCGGAGUCGCGGUACCCACCAAGGCAGCUUGACGGAGCUACACACACCU